AUGUCAGAUGCGUUAAACGAGAAGAAGGCGUCGCUCUCGGAAGCAGAACGAGCCCUCGUUUCCAGCACACAACAGCGCAAAGAGGACAACGAGCUAGUUGCACUUGGAUAUGAGCCGGAACUUCGUCGCAAUCGCUCCCUCUACACCAUCUUAUUUCAGGUGCUUGCUAUCACUGCUGUACCAUUCGGUGAAGGUACUGCCUUGACCAGCGCAAUUUACGGCGGCGGCCAGCUAGCAUACUUUGUGGGAUGGAUUGUUGUAUGUCUGCUUGAUCAGUGUGUCGCCGUCUCUCUGAGUGAGAUUGCAUCAAAGUUCCCAACGUCAUCUGGGCCGUCUUAUUGGUCGUUUCAGCUGCUUCCCGAAGGUCGUGCCCGGACAAUCUUUUCCUUCAUCACGGGCUGGGUUUGGCUGAUCGGCAAUAUUACCAUUUGCCUCAGCGUGAACUUUGGCACAGCAUCACUCAUUGCUGGCACGGCCACCAUCUACCAUCCGGACUGGCUAGCAUCCGACUGGCAACUACUGCUUAUCUUCUAUGCCGUCUGCCUGGGUACUUUUCUUAUCUGCGCAUUCGGAAACAGGUUCCUCCCUUACGUAGAUGCAGUUGCAUCGGUAUGGAACGGCCUGACUAUUCUGAUCGUUUGUGUCGCGCUGUCGGUGACUGCCAAUGCGGGACGCCAUAGUGUGGCCGACGCCCUCGCCAACUACGACAAGAGUUUCUCUGGAUGGGGCAAUUUCACCUUCUUUAUUGGCCUGCUUCCGACGGCCUACACUUUUUCAGCAAUAGGCAUGAUCACGUCGAUGGCGGAAGAAGUAGCGGACCCAGCCAGAGACGUUCCCACAGCGCUGAGUCUCGUCAUACCUAUUUCUGGGGUCGCGGGUCUGUUCUUCAUCCUUCCGAUAUGCUUUACGAUGCCCCCUCUUCAGGACAUAUUGAACGCCCCUCAAGCACAAGCAAUGCCGUAUGUUUUCCAUACUGUAAUGGGCACCCCGGGGGGAGGCUUAGCCCUCAUGUUCUUCCUGCUGGGUGUUGCAGUAUUUUGCUGUAUCAGUAUUACCACGGCUGCCUCUAGAACACUUUGGGCAUUUGCACGGGAUGGAGCAAUCCCAUUCUCAAGCAUAUGGUCGAAGCUAAUUGGUGAUCAAGUACCUCUUACAGCUUUAGCACUGCUGACAGUGAUUCAAAUGUUGCUUGGUCUUGUCAAUUUAGGAAGCACGAGCGCCUUCACAGCCUUUGCUUCUUGCGGAGUCAUCGCACUUGCUGCAGCAUACGCUAUAGUCAUUGCAAUCUCUCUAUCCACAGGACGAAAGGCCGUGUCAACUGCUCGAUGGAGAUGUCCUAGUUUCAUCGGAUAUUUUGUCAACGUCGUCUCCAUUGCCUGGGUCGCCUUUCAAUUGGUCCUUUUCAGUAUGCCUGCGGCUUUGCCAGUAACGGUGGUAUCUAUGAACUAUGCUUCCGUCGUUCUUGUCGGGUUUAUGUUCAUAUCUUUCGUUUACUACGUCGCUCAUGGUCGAAAAGUCUACAAUGGAACCCCUGUCAGCGAUGGUAUAUGA